CGAGUGUUUAAACUCUACUUGGAUCUUCAUUUCUGAAGAUUCUUUUCAGAAAGAGCUGAUUUCUUUUCAAGUGACUGAAGUCUCCACUGAGGUCACUCUUAAUCUUCACUUGAGUGUGGAGGGAACAGAAAAUCCUCUUUUAACAUGUACCUUCAUGAAGGAAGAUGAGAAUCUAUGUAACAGCAGUUCUGCAGUUUUCCCCAACUGCUCCUGCAAAUUCUCCAGUCAGUGGCUGCCGGCUAAUGUCAAAGCGACUGUCACAAUUGGAGAUCAGAAAAUCACAGAGAGCCUGAAAGUGAGGAGCUGCCCAAACAUCACAGAGACAUCACCAUAUGAUAAGUGUGUAGCGUGUGUCUCAGCUGGGUGUUAUUGGUCCAGCAGUACUAAUAUGUGCAGCUGGGCUCUUGAAUCUGCAUCACAGGGGGCAGUGAUGGACGUGUGUGAAGGAUUAUAUUCUGGGAGUAAUGCACCAGAGAUUUUCUCCCUGGAGCCUAAUCAGGUCUCCUUUCAUGGCAAAAAUCAUGCAGUACUGAAAGGAAGAAACCUGGAACUGGUAGAGAAAAUCCGCUUUCAGGGAUUCAUGGAGUGCACUUCAAAGGAGACUCCAGUGUUGGAGCGCUCCACUGACACUCUGAAGUUCAGUAUUCCAAACGGAAAUAAAGGAACUGUGCGGGUGUGUGUGGUGACAGCAGACGGCCGUUGUCAUAGCAACACCAAAAUUACUUAUGGCUCCCAGCCCACCUGUACUGGACUGCAGCCUAAAAACACCUGGACCAGUGGUUGGAGGAAGAUCCAAGUGUUGGGGAAACAAUCUGGGGAUUUGUGGAUGCAGUUACUGUUCAUUCAUCUCUCAAAUCGAUCACCCUCAACUCAAACAAGACCUUUUGGUUCUACACUCAUAAUCAGAGAGAAUACAUGGACUCUGGGCCGUUCAGUGUCUCUCUCAUAGUGGGAAACUCAACAGUGGACUGUGCAGAUAAGCUGUCUUACCUCCCAGAUCCAGAAUUCACCAGCUUCUCCACCUCUAAAGUGGACAAUGAUGUGCUGGUCACCAUACAGAAAACAGAAGACAUGCUCAGUAUCAGUAAAGAAGAGAUGAUAGUGUGGGGGCUGCAGGAAGAGGAGCAGUUUGAGUGUGUGAUUGAUACAAUUAAGUCCACUGCUCUCACCUGUAGAAUUGUGGGAAAAAAGGGACGUGAAAUCAGAGUGGACUCAAUCAAGAUCACUGUUGGCAAUUUUACCAAACUUAUAGAGAUGACACAGCAUGGCACAGGGUAUUUAUAUGCACUUGUUGCAGUGGGCAUUUUGAUUCUUCUUGGUGCUGUUGCUGCAUUCUUAUUUAUCAAGUCAAGAAAUCGAUGACUUCAGACUCAACUUGACAAAAUCAAAAUGGCUUUUGGAUUUUAACACCAGUGACUUGAACCCAUAGUCAUUGGUCAGAAACAGCAUAAUAGAGUGCAAACAGGUGGACCAGAGGCUCUGCUGACUUAAUGGAUGUUAUCAGUUGGUCUAU